AUGGAGAGGAGCAGGGACGGGAAGAGAGGGAGCGUGACGGCGGGGAACGGGUUGUCGCGGCGGAGGGCGAGGAGCAGUGGCUUGAGGGUCUCCCCAGGUUCGACUAGGAUUUCUUGCUGGAUCUGUGUGGUUGUGACCUUCUGUUGUCAUUUCCGAUGUUCUUUUCUGAUGGCUGCUGUGUUUACUUCUUUCAGAAGAUGGAGGGGUGGAGUUGCAGGAGACCAUUCGGCUGCGCAGUCGGGGGGGUAAGAAGGAUCGAGAUCGAGAUCGGGAUCGGGACAGAUCUGGCCGGAGCAAGCGGAGAAGAGGGGACCGGAUGAUGGCUGGGAGCAACCGCGAUGAAGGAGAGGAUAGCAGCGAUGAAAGCGUAGACGAGGAGGAAGAGGACGAAGAUGACGAGGAGAGGACAGCUGUACUGCUGCCGCCUCUGCCUUCCAAUCUCUCUCCCCCCUCGUCGUCGCUGCAGCAUAACCAUCCUCCCCGGAGGGGUGUACCGCCGAGGACUGCAAAGUCUCCGCCGGUGUGGAGAGCAGCUGAUGAGAUGAUCGCUGUCUCAGUGCCGAGGAAAGCUCGCUCAGGUAGAGGACCGCCGUAGUGGGGAUUUGUGGACCCUAGGAUUCUGUUUGCUGGUUUUCUGAGUUGCAAGUUCUUGAACGGUUCUUUUUCCUUUUCUUUGCUUUGGUUUUGCAGCAUAUGCGAAAAGGUCACAUGAACAUUGGGUUUCAGGUAGCAGCGGCAACGGAGGAGCCGGAGAGCAGCUACGUCGCCAAGCUUCCACUUCUCCUUCAAGGCAAAUCCACGCCGCUGCUGCUCCUGCUCCGACCUCACCGUCUUCCUCCAAUGCCUCAGUUAGGAAAAGGAUGGUAAGAUUUGCAGCUCGCCGUGUGAUUUUUUCCUCCGAUUCAUCCCUUUUUUUUUCCUCCCAAAUCUAAGACCCAUCUGGUCAACGGCUUGCUUUGCAGAAGCCUGUUGGUGGACCAAAGCCCCGGCCAACGAAGGUCGCCAAAUCCCCGUCGUCCAUUCAAGAGAUAGAGAUCGAGGUUGCCGAGGUGCUGUAUGGACUGACGAGGCAGUUCCAGGACCCUGCAAAUAAGCAUGAUUCGAAGGACACCAACGGAUGCGUUAAGGAUUCGAAAUGCAGGGUUUUGUCGCCGUCUUCAGCAUCGGCUGCUCCAGGCAUACCCAAGUCCUCUCUCCUGCCUCCACAGAAUUCUAGUAUUUCUACAGCCCCGUUGCCUGCAGUGGGUAUGCUCCCAUUUCAAAGUUAGAUUUUUUAUUUCCUACACUUUCCAAUGUCUGCUGAAUUUGAUGAACUCCUUCCCGACAUCUCCAGCACCAAAACGGAAGAGACCGCGGCCGGUUAAGUUUGAAGAAGAGCACCCUACAAGUCCUUCCGUUCAAUCUACGAUUCCAGGUCCCCUGAUAUCUUCAAUACGUAAGGCAUCUGACGGGGACAAGCCCAAAAUGGAACAUCCAUCGCCGAAAUCUGAGAAAAACUCAGCGUUGUCACUGGCUGGAAAUGGAGAGACUUCGCUUGAUUUGAGCUCUCAUUCAGUGGGCGAGAAGACUGCUGAUGUUGAAGGAGAGCUAGUGAUGCUAGAUAGUGCUCAUGUUUCUGAUGUGAAGUCUCCAAUGCCUGAACGGGGCUGCCACGAUGCUGCUGAAACGAAAGAAGAAACUCCAUCUGGGGAUAGCCCGAGGGAGAAAUUAAAGAUAGAUUUAAUGGCGAGUAUUUUAAAGAGAUGGUUACUUUUCUUUUCUUUUCCUUUGGUUAAUCAAAAUGUCAAUGAUUGCACUGUUCCAUGCAGGUCCCUCCUGGCAACUCUUCAUCAGCGGGAGAAACAAAUCCCCCAGUACAUGAGGUGUGUUGCAUCUCUAGCCAUCUUCAGCUCGGUCGUUUGGCUGGACACUUGGUUUCUCACUGUCAUUAUGUGCUGCCUUUUUUCACAGGCGCGAAAAUUAAGACCCGUCAAGGGUUCAAAUCUGGAGAUGGGUGAGAUCAGAGGAGAAGAGAAGACUGACGAGAGUUUGAUGGAGUUAGGUUCCAGAAAACCUCCAGUGAAGGAGAGGCGGCCACUUGAUCCACCUCUGGACAUCGUUAAACAGGAAGGAGAAACUAUUGAUGCCCAGAAGCAGGGACUGAGACAGCAAUCCGAGGCUCCAGGAGCAGGAUCCAAACCGGAGAAAACCAGUAAGAGUACUGUAGAUAAAUUCUUAUACUGCUGCCCUAUUUUAUUAAAUUCUUUAUCUUCUUUUUUUCAGUUCCACAUCCAUCAUUGGCUCUGCCUAUGCCUGUAGCUGGAUUGCCCGGUACUCUUCCAUUCGGGUGGGAAUCGCUUGUCACUCAGUGUUAUUUCAUGUUCUUAUGGCAUUUAUUGGACCUUCUUUACACUUUUUCCCAUUAUUCAGGUGUAUGAGUCAAAUUCCAUCUCUCCAAGCUUUAAUGCCCAUGGAUGGUAGAAGUUCACCCUACAAGGCUAUACAGGUAUUCCCCUUCCUCCUCCCUUGAUCCCUCUUUUUUUAUUUUUCUUUUUGGCAUAAGUAAUUAAUUGGUCCUUUGUGAUGCAGCCGCCCCAUCUCCUCCCACAACAACUCCGACCCAAGCAUUGCUCUACACAUUGCUAUAUAGCCAAGAACAUACAGUACCACCAGCACAUUGCCCGGUUAGGCCCCUUCUGGCCAGCUGCUGCCGCUGCUGGUGUGGCAUCAUUAUAUGGAGCAAAGCCCAGCAAUCCAAGUGCCGCACCUUCUCCAGGUCCUGCCCCUAGGAGCACAGGAUCUGUGCAGGAUAAAGCUUCCCCUCAUUCAUCAAAAGAAAAGUGCUCAUCUUCAUCUAGCCUUUUCGCUGAUGCCUCACAGAGGAAGCAGCUUCAUCAGCAGCCUUCCCCUGUGGGAACAUCAAACAGCAUGCUGGUAUGAGCUCUGAUGUAGUUGCUUUCAUUUUCUUUAAGAAAGAUUCCGUGAUUAAGAACUCAUCUGUUUUCAAAUUUUUGAAUUUCUUUCCAGCAUGCCCCAGCAUUCAUAUUUCCUCUCAAUCAGCCACAUCCAGCGGCAGUAGUAGCAGCCACUGCAUCCCGAACAGCACCUGUGAAGCCUGCCAACCCAAAUGUGGGCUCUUCUCCGGUCUCCAGCUCUGCUGCUACCUGUUCUUCAUCAUCAGAUGUGAACCCAUCUGCAGUUAGCUUCAAUUACUCCAAUUUGCCCCAUGGCGAAGCUCAAUAUGUCGUUCUGCAGAAUGGUGGAUAUCCCUUUCCUAUUCCAGCACACAUUGGAGCUACAUACAGGGGGGGAAGCCACGCCCAACCAUUACCCUUCUUCAAUGGCUCCUUCUAUGCCUCCCAGGUUCUUCAUCCUUCUCAGUUGCAGCCUCAGCUACCGCCAGCAACAACUGGCCAACAAGCCCACCAGCCACACACAGGCACAUCUAGCGGAUCAUCAUCACAGAAGCACCCUCAGCAGCACCAGAAGAACCCUGCUGGGUAUUUGAGCUCUUCUGGGGGGUCAACUCAUGGUUUUCCUCCAUCAAAUCAACGGCAACACCAGUCCUCCCAUCAAUCAGUCGUUGAAGAAGGGCCAUCCCCUUCAGAGAGCAGAGUUUCACAAUCCCAGAAGGGUAUCUAUAGCAGCAACUUCUCGAUGCCCGUUCAUUCCCAGGGCUUUGCAUUCAUGUCCGGCCCAACAGCAGUGGUUGGCACUGCUGCCACUGCAAACCACAGUGACAAGCAACACCAUGAACCGCCGCCGCCACAGUCUCACCAGCACCAGCACCAGCUCCAGCUCCAGCAGCAGAGCAUGAAAGCGGCGGAGCUCAACUCUGCCCAGGCAUUUGCUAUGUCCUUUGCGGCCAUGAAUGGACCUAAUGGUUCAAGACAUACUGGACUGGAUCUACCAUCCAAGGGGCAACAUCAGACCAUCUUCCAGAGCCUCCCUCCAGAAGCUGCCAGCCAGAAGAAGGCACAGUACCAGCAGUCGGGGGAUGGGAAAUCCAUGGGAGAUCCAAUCACCAGCGGAGCUCUCUCUGCUGGAGAGGACAGAAAGACAGCGCAGGCCGGAGGGAAGACUUCAAGCAGCGUUUCUCACCAGUCUGUUGCCUUCUCCAGGACUGAAGUUGAUCCUUCCAGUGCUACCCUGUGCAUCAACCCAGUCGAUGGCUCAGCUCGGACAUUGAAUCUGAUUUCUUCCUCUGCUAUGAAUGGUUCUCGAGCAUCUCCCAACCAAUCUGCUUCUUCCGGUCAGAAUUCUCAACAGCAGCAGCAGCAGCAUUUAGCUCAUCUCCAGUCGCAGCAGCAUCAACAGAGACAACUCCAAUUCCAGCAGCAGCAGCAGCAGCAGCAGCAACAUCUCCAAAUGCAGCAGCAACAACGGCAUUUCCAGUUGCAGCAGCAGCAGCAGCAACAACAGCAGCAACUCCAAUUGCAACAGCACCUUGCUGCAGCACGAGGGAAGCCGACUGGAGCCAGUGAUGCUGCUGUCUACUCCGAACGCUUGCCGGCGGGGACAGUGUUGCGGAAGUACUCUAGCUCCGCCGGUGGUGGCAGUGGCGGCAGCAGUGGCGGCGGCUAUCCCCAACCCAUGGUCCAAGCCGGCAUCCCAACCCAGUCUCUGCAAUGGAAGAGCUCCCCUAGGGGCGGGCCUCCAAUAGCAUCUUCUCCGAGCUCUGCUCCUGCCAAAAAUCAGCAGCUUGGUAGGGCUCCGCCGCAGCUGUCCUUCGGGAUGAACUCCAUGAAACCUGCUCACUCCGGCCCACAGCAGCAGCAACCUGCAGCGGGCAGUCUUCCUUCAUCGGCUUCCUCUGGCGGCGCGUCCCUCGGAUCUCCGUCGACCGCGAUCUCCAAGGGCGCCGGUGGGAGCAGCCCGAGGGCUUCUACCGGCGGCAAGGCGGCGCCGUCCACCCAGCAGCCUCUACAAUCAAAGGGCGCGGCGGCGCCGUCAAUGCUCGGCCAGCGCCAUGCAGCUCCUCCGCCAAGCUCCGCCGCCAAAUCCCACCAAGAACAGCAGCAGCAGUCGCAGCUACAGAAGCAGCAGUCUCUACCCCCAAGUCAGCUCUUCUUCUCCAAUCCGUACUACCAGAGAUCGUCGUCUGAACAGCAGCAGCCGGUGGCGCCGCCAAGUACGCAGUCGGGUGUGCUCUCUCUCUGCCCUCCUUCCGACGCUGCAAAGGCCGCCGCCGCCGCCGCCGCCGCCGGCAUAAAAGGUCUGCCUCCUCCGAGCCUCCUUCAAGCUGCCCAAUUCGCCGCCACUUCGGGCGCUCACACGCUCAUGUCGGCAGCGGGCUUCCCCUACCUCCACGCCAUGCCUUCUGUACCUGUCAAGCCUGCGGAGCACAAACCCGCCGCUGGUAGUCCACCCUAAUCCUCCUCCCUAGAAGAGAUAUAUAUUUGAAGUAUUGUUUAAUUCUCAUAUGUUGAAGGCCGGCUUUCUUCAUCAGGAAAAUGACACCUUGCGCGUCUGCUGGCAGCCUGAGAAGAGGAAGAGGAGAUGGGGAUUUGGCGGUUCCGGCGCCGGCGAGUGACGUCGGAGCAGCCGUCUCCGGCGGGUUCGGCGGCGUGAAUGGUCCCCCGCUCCGGCGGGCGAGGAGGACAGUGCAUCUCGCUGCCGCCGCCGCCGCCGCCGUCUCCUUCGGGCCCGGUAAGAAGGGACGGGAUGAGAUAGGAGAGCGGUGUCAAGAAGAUUCUGAUAGUCUUCCUCAUCAACCAACCCCCUAAUAUCCAUCCAGUUAAUAGAACUCUCUGAAUCAUCGGAAGAUUCGUGAGGAUCCUCUCUGUUUGUAGAUCCUGAGGCCGUCCGCUCACUGGCCAGUUGGAGUGGGUGAAGAAGAAGCGCCGCCCGAGCCACCUCGGCGGCCCAUUCGAACGCCCACCGCCGGCAGCCGUCGACAGUCUCCCCCCUCCCAGGUUCUUCUAAUAUUACUAUUCUUUCCCUUACUGCUCCCUCCCUCUCUCUCUCUCUCGCUCUCUCUAUCCAGCUCUUGCCGUCUCUCUGUCUCUUUCUUUUUAUCCCCGUCCCUCUCGUCCAUCUGGGCCAUGA